AGGGUUUCUACACUGUUCUAUAUUUGCAAGGCAUUAGACGCAGCGCGCUGACAGGCACCCUUUUACUUGUAGCGCUUCGUGGAUACCACCGCACGCUGCUGUACUGGCUGGGAUUGAACUCGAACCCGAUGGGCGGCACGACCACGUCCAAAGCAGAUAUUAACACGGAGGACGACAUUUCGGACCUGGACAAGCAGAUAUCGGUUAUUUAUAGCAACAUGGCGGCAUGCCAGGUGCGUCUGAAGAAGGUGGGCCGCGCCGUAGAGUGUGCCGAGACGGCGCUGAAGCGCAACAAGUUCAAUACCAAGGCCAAGUUCCGCCUGGUGCAGGGGCUAAUUGAAGAGGGCUCGCUGAUCAAGGCUGGGUCGCUGCUGGACGAGCUGGAGAAGGACAAGCCCGAUGACGCAGCGUUCAAGAACGAGCGGGCCAAAAUCGCGGCCAAGGAGAAGGAGGCAGAGGCCAAGCAGCGCAAGGAGCUCGGCGGCAUGUUUGACCGCGGCAAGAAGAACUAAGCGACGCGGGGUUAGCGGCAUGCCUGGGAUGUGCGCUGCUGGCGGAUGUGCCGGAUGUCGGCCAGGUUCUCUUGCAGAUACCGAGUGAAUUC